AUGGCAGAUGCGAGACAAGAAUUAUCUACCUGCCGGCAAGCUGCGGGUGAGUCUAUUUCUGCUUUUGCUUUCUGCCUUUUCAACUUCUUCCAAACGGCGACAGCGGCCGUAGCCGAAGCUGAGCGUGUGGAGAACUGGCUGGCCGAAGCUACAAAACAUCGGCCCAUUCAUUCAUCCCAUACACCUUUACCGGUAAGCGUGAGUCAAACCGCUUACUCGAGCCACCAGCUCGAAGGCCACAACACGACUUGGACAAUGGUAUUUACUGCUAUAUUUGUGGUGGCCGAGGACACACAAGCUCGAAGUGCCCAUCAAGAAGAAGCCAGCGUCAACAAACCGGUAGGUUCACAUCGCAGUUUCUACGUCGCGCAGCUCGAGGUAUACAUUUCGCUCUCGUUCGCCCGCGUUUAACC